AUGGCCUCCAACCAAGCAAAAGUCAUUCUUCACUGGCUCGACGGCUCUCGCGCCCAGCGUAUCCUCUGGCUCCUGAACGAGCUGAAGGUGCCGCAUGAGCUCAAGAUCUACCACCGCGAGAAAACGGCGUUUGCUCCUCCGGAACUCGCCAAAAUCCACCCACUCGGCAAGUCGCCAGUGAUCACUGUGAUCCCGCCGGCGAGCGCUGGUGCCGAUGCGAAGGAGCUGGUUAUUGCUGAGAGCGGCUUCAUCAUCGACUACCUCUGCGAGCACUGGGGCCACAACUCGUCUCUUGUGCCCAAGAAGUGGAAGGACGGCCAGGAGGGUGCCGUCGGCGGCGAGACGGCCGCGUGGCUGCGGUACCAGUACCUCCUGUACUAUGCCGAGGGCUCGCUGAUGCCCUUCCUCGUCUUCUCCCUUGUGACAUCCAACCUUCGCGGGCCCCAGGUGCUGUGGCUGAUCCGGCCCAUCUCCAGCGCCAUUGCCAACAAGAUCAACAACGUCUUCAUCGUGCCCAAUGUGCGCAAGAAUCUCGAGCUGCUCGAGUCGUACCUGACCACGCCACCGGCUGAAGGCGACGGCACCGGCUACAUCUGCGGCGACCGCUUGACCGCCGCCGACAUUAUGCUAAGCUACCCGCUCUUCGGCGUGCGAGAACGCGCUGGCGGGUUCACCAUUGACGGCAAGUCCUUCCAGGAAAGAUUCCCCAAGACGAUGGAGUACCUUGGCCGGCUGGAGAAUGAGCCGGGAUACCUCGAGUCAGUCGAGACGAUUAAGAAGCUGGAGGGCAAGUUCGAGGUCCUUCCGGAUUCGAUGUAA